AUGGUGUACACAAAAGAUAAAUUAAAGAUUAAAAUUCUCGAAAAUAAUCAUGAGGUACUUCCAAUAUUAAUUCAUGAUUUCGGAGAAAAUAUAAAACCUGAUGAAAUUGCACUAGUUCGUUUUGAUACCUAUGCUGACUUACUCGUUCCCAAGGAUGUCAAAGCAGACGAAAUCGAAACAUUAGACCAUAUUGUCAACUCAAUUCAAAAUCAAUGUUGGAUCCUUCCGGCUGUUUAUCGAGGUUAUCUGAAGAAGAUCUUUUGGUUUAAACCACCAUGGGCUCAUCAAUUUCAAGAUGGAUUCUAUCAAUUAAACGUAGGCAAAUGUCAACAAACAGGUACCUUAAAAAUUGCAUCGACUAUCCCAUAUUUUACUUCCAAUUGUGUGUAUUCAUCCAUCGACAAACUUUCCAAUGUACAUUCAGUUGAUAUUUACGUAUCGACAAGUGGUUUAGCAAAGAACUAUUCAACAACUAUUGAGAAGAGUCGCGCGCCGAUCUAUGAUAACGAUAGUGGAAGUGAAAGUUUAGAUAGUGAUAAUCGCAAGAAAGCGAAAUUAGCCAAUAAUGACAGCAACCAUAAAGAUUCUCAAUCGUCAACGAAACGAGUGCGUUCACUUGAUGCUACACUAAUGAAUGAAUUGUUAGAAAACAAACAAUUUCUCAUUGAUAUUGACCUCUCGUUCUUUUCCACCGACGAUCCAGUACGUAAACAAUUUGACGAAAACGAAUAUGAGAUUCUCCGUUACGUUUACACACGAAUUGUACAAGAACAAACAGAUGCAGAAAUCGUACAGUAUAUUACAGCACGUGAAAAUGCUCUCGAACAAAUACGUACAUUAAUGGACGAAUAUUUAACUGAUCCAAAACUUGACCAAGCAAUCACUAUUGAUAAUAUCUACCUCUCAGCACUGAUUUCUGUAAUUCGAAUGAAGAAACUUGACUGGAAAGUAGUUCAUAAUUAUGCAAUGCAUCUGGCAGAUACAAGACCACCAUUGCAUGUCUCUUCAGAAGGAAUGAUAAUUUAUUUGACUGAGGCGAUGACAAAAGUGUUGGAAUCGAUCAAGAAAACGCCGAGUUUGAUUACCAUUUCAAGAUGUGUUGAUGACGGGUUUUGUUCGGAAGAGCAAGCUGAUUUGAUUCAAUUGCAUGUGGAGAAAAAACUCCGAAGUAUUUAUAAAAUUGAUGAAGUUCUCGGUAAAAGUUCAUCUAACUCUCUACCGAAUGAAGACGUUAAUGAAGGAGAAGAUAAUUCAGGUCAGAAACAUUCGGUUGUUCAUCAGGAUUCUCCCGCAAACAAUGACACGUCAGAGAAUCAAGCAGUGUCAAUGGAUCUAUCAAUGACGAGCAAGACUGCAGGUUCGAAAUCUGAAACGAAUGUUGAUACAUCAUCGGCAUUGAAUUUAUCGAAUCAAAUCUCAUCUGCAUCACCACGUUCGAAUUUGUCACCAGGUGAAAUCAAGCCAGUCUCACCAUCGUCACUCUCCGAAGAGUCUCCUAUAUCAAAUUAA